UUGUCCAUGAGUGGCGCUGUGGCCGCUUCUGCUCCACCCACCACAUCCAUCCUGAACUUCAGGUAACACAGCACAAUUGCUUUUUCCGAGCGAGCGACGAGACGACGCGACAAAAACACGAGAAAAAAUGAAGAUUGUUUUUCCCCGGGCGAAUCAGUGUGGUCUUCCGCAAGGGCCCACUGGGAUUCCUGCUGCAGGAUCCCACCGAGGAGGCCAGGCAAAUUAAGGACAACCCGUCGAGGAGGGACAAGUCUCCUGUUGCACAGCAGGAGGUUGUAAGGCAAAACGCCCUUGCAGUGGUCCGUCAGAGAGGGGGAGAUGCUUCAGACCAAACUGAAGUACUGGGCGAGUACAUCCUGCAGUUUGGGAAGUACAAGGGGAUGUCCUUCCGCUGGCUCCUGGAGAAUGACAUGGGAUACACUGUGUAUCUUAUCCAAAGCCACCAGAGAGAGGAGGCUGCAGGAGUGCUGGUGGUUGACGGGCAUAGCAAGGACAGCCUUCUGUCAUUCCUUCGCUAUGCCCUCAGCUUCAAGGAAAUUAAUACUCUUCUUGAGUAUGAGUCCCUAAAAACAUCUGUGCCCGCCCCAGCAGCAGAGGAUGACCAGCUGGUUGGAUUUGGUGCACGCGCCAGUAACACCUGGAGGGAGAUUUGGGAGAGCAGGGAUGAUGGCUAUGCAGCCUUCAUCUUAAGAAGAAAGUGCGCGACGGGUACAAAAAUGCACAAACUGCAACAGUACCUGCAGAAGCAGCAGCAGCAGCCCUCCACCUCUUCUACCAUCGCCUCCACCUGUUCCACCACAACCUUUGCUGAGAGCACGGCUAAGGACGAAGACGAAGAGCUGGAGAAAGCCAUGCUCAGCAUCUCUCCGGAUAUACUCAGUGGAUCUGCUCCACCAACAUUAGAGCUGCUACGGUUUUCAGUCCAAGUGACUGACUAUGAAUUGAUACAGCCUACGAGAGGACACAGAACAUGCACCGACUGGCCCAGAUGCACCAGACGAUGGGGACUUCUUGCCCUUCAGACAUUCCAGAAAUUGAAAACCCUGAGCGGCAAGCCCAUUACAAACUCUUUGAUUAUAUUUGUGGUGUCAGCACAGGCGCUAUCCUGGGGUGUUUUCAAGCAGAAUGUCAUCGUUGGUAUGGUGAAGAUGGGAUGGAGCCACGCGUUCUCAAGUGGCAGCAGUGAGCACCGUCGUGAACAGGGGCACACCACUGAAGGCCUACAUGUUCAGAAACUACAACCUGCUGCCAGGGGUACGCUCCCACUACCUGGGGGGCUGCCAACACCGGCUCUGGGUAUUUCCAGGAAUUCCCCUUGGGGAGUGACCUCCAUCAGGAAGGUGUGCUGUUUUUGAGGACCUACUCCAAAAAUAUGAGUCAAAGAUCAUCUAUAUGCCAGGAUGGUGUGCUGUUUUUGAAAUUCAUAUUUUGUAUCCAUGCUGCAGUAUUACAGUCCAGAAUCAUUUUGAUGCAAUGCAGGAAAGCUGUAUUAAUGGGCUUUUUCACCGAUAUUGCAAAGCUGAGAUGAACUAUUUACAGUAUAAGUUGUUAGCACAUCUACAGUACAUGUAUUGCUGUAUGAAACAAAGUGGCAAAAGUUGCAUCUUUUCAUUUGUCGCUAUGUAGCCCGCGCUGGAGGGAAAAGGUUUUGAACACCCCUGUGCUGAAGCUUGUGUUCGAUUCAUGCAUUUAUGAAAACUAGACAAGAUGCAAAAGAAUAUGAACGGUAGCACUUUGCAUGACACGCAGGAGGCAUUUCCUGUUUCCUUUUGCCGGAGGAGACGCACUUAAAUCCAUCCCUGCUGAGCAAGCUAUGCAUCAGCCGUUAUAACAAACCACCGAUUCCGCUACAUGAGCGAUCAAUACCUAAUGCUCCCUUUUUACUCUCUGAGUAAACACUCAGAAAACUACACGAGUGAGACGUCUUAGUAAAUGCACCUUUGUGAGCACACAUGAAGGUGUGUGUGUGUGCUCGGGGUGUGUAUUGGCAAGAAUCUGGCGAUACGAUACGUAUCACGAUACUAGGCUCACGAUACUAGGCUCACGAUACGAUACAUCACGAUACUGUUAACAAGACAAUAUUUUUUUUGUUUUUCUUGUAGUUAAAACUGAAUGACACCAGCAAUAUGUACUUACUAACCACAUUUUAUUCCAUUAGAACAGUAUGUUAUGCUGUAUCACAAACUUUCCUCUGUAAAAACUAAAGUGUAACACUUGGAUAAAUAAAGCUUUAACAUUCACCUUUAAAUUUACAAAAAAAACAUUAAAAACAAAUAAAUUAAAUGAUAAAUACUCAAAAAAAUUAAAUUAAAUGAUAAAUACUCCAAAAACACGAGUCAGAGAUCAUCUAUAUGACAAGGUGUGCUGCUUUUGAGGACCUACUCCAAAAACACGAGUCAAAGGUCAUCUAUAUGGCAAGAAGGUGUGCUGUUUUUGAGGACCUACUCCAAAAACACGAGUCAAAGAUCAUCUAUAUGACAGGAUGGUGUGCAGUUUUUGAGGACCUACUCCAAAAACACAAGUCAAAGAUCAUCUAUUUAACAGGAAGGUGUGCUGUUUUUGAGGACCUACUCCAAAAACAUGAGUCAAGGAUCAUCUAUAUGACAGGAAGAUGUGCUGCUUUUGAGGACCUACUCCAAAAAUACGAGUUGAACAUCCUUUCUAUGACAGGAAAGUGUGCUGUUUUUGAGGAACUACUCAAAAAACAGGAGUCGGAGAUCCUCUGUAUGACAGGAAGGUGUGCUGUUUUUGAAGACAUACUCCCAAAACACGAAGAUCAUCUCGAUGCCAGGAAGGUGUGCUGUUUUUGAGGACCUACUCCAAAAACACAAAUCAAAGAUCAUCUAAAUGACAGGAUGGUGUGCUGCUUUUGAGGACCUACUCCCAAAACACGAGUCGAAGAUCCUCUCUAUGACAGGGUGGUGUGCUGUUUUUGAGGAACUACUCAAAAAACAGGAGUCGGAGAUCCUCUGUAUGACAGGAAGGUGUGCUGUUUUUGAAGACAUACUCCCAAAACACGAAGAUCAUCUCGAUGCCAGGAAGGUGUGCUGUUUUUGAGGACCUACUCCAAAAACACAAAUCAAAGAUCAUCUAAAUGACAGGAUGGUGUGCUGCUUUUGAGGACCUACUCCCAAAACACGAGUCGAAGAUCCUCUCUAUGACAGGGUGGUGUGCUGUUUUUCAGGACCUACUUCAAAAACACUAGUCAAAUUUCUUCUAUAUGACGGGAUGGUGUGCUGUUUUUGAGGACCUACUCCCAAAGCUCGAGUCAAAGAUUAUCUCUAUAUGACAGGAUGGUGUGCUGUUUUUGAGGACCUACUCCAAAAACACAAAGAUCAUCUAUAUGACAGGAAGAUAUGCUGUUUCCAAGGAUUCAUGGCAAAAACGUCAGUCAAAGACAUGACAGGAGAGUUCCACGGAUUUUAAGACUUAUUGGUAAGAAAAAAAUGCUAGUCAGAGAUCCUCUAUUUGACAGCAGAUGUCUUCGGUUUGUAGGCUCUGCCCCAAAGUCAAACUGAACUCCCCACGGUUGGAACUUAACUUCACUCGCCAUCUCGUCAUGUCGGACAACCCAAAAGGACAUUAAGUCAACUUUCCGAAACAUGGAGUCUCGGUGUAGAAUUCGUAAGACGGAAUUAGCGGUUCCGUCAUGGUUGAUAUGGUGGGUAAAGCCGUUAGCACUCGGACUGUGAUAUGAAUGACAACAAGGAUGGAUCGAGAAACAGAGUGGCCCGGAUGCUAUUCGUCGCUAUAUCAACCCCCCUCCCCUCUCCUAGUGUUGUUCCCCUUCCUAUCCCGUCCCCCCCUCGUCUCACUGCCUAGUAUGUUGAAUAUGUAUGGACGGAUUAUUGCACAAUUUCACUUGUACUUCUUUAUAAGUGACAAGAAUAAAGGCAGUCUCAUGCCUGUGUGACAUACGGUCAUCUCACUCUUUUCCACCCACGCAGUUUUCCACUCCCUGGAAGUUUUCCAGAAUAAUAAAUCCCCCAAACAAUCCCCCCAUUUGUUUGCCCCAAAGGCUUGCAGUGCUAUGCGGCUAAUGCGUGACAGAAUGUCUCAAGAAAGUACACAUUGUUUGCUGCCAUGUGGGGGAUGUGUACAGUCUGUAUGUAUGUGUAUACAUAGACGUACACAUGUAGUUUGCGCACACCUGGAGGUAAGUGAGUCGAAGAUUCUCCAUAUGACGGGAAUCGGUGCUGUUUUUGAGGACCUACUCCAAAA